AUGAGUGAGGCACCACGACGUAGUGCGCGCAAUGCGGGCAAGCCUGCCGCGCCUGCAGCUGCUCCCAAGCCAGCAGCCAAGCCAGCGGUGGCGAAGCGCAAGGCCGACACUGACGCCGACGGGGAGAAGAAGCCCAAAGCCAAAGCAUCUGGCGUGCUCAAAGUGGGCGACCCUCUGCCCGCACUCACGCUCAAGACGGACGAAGGCAAGGACAUCAGUACAGCUGAUCUUUCGGACGCUGUCAUCUUUACGUAUCCCAAGGCGAACACGGGCGGAUGUACUACACAGGCCAAGCUGUUCCGCGACACGCACGACGAGUUUGUUGCUGCCAAGUACGCCGUGUACGGCCUGUCGAACGACUCGCCCACUUCGCUUGCCAACUGGAAGGCCAAGCAGAACUUUCCCUACACGCUCAUCUCGGACCCGCAGCGCGAGCUCAUCAAACACCUCACCGGCGCAGCAGACAAGACUCGUCGAAGCCACUUUGUUGUCAAGGCCGGCAAGCUGGCCAUGAGCGAGGUAUCGGUCAAGCCGGCCGAGAGCGCCCCGGCGAGCUUGGCGUUUGUGCAGAACAACUAG